AUGUAUCUGCAAGUUAUAUUGAAAUUCAUUAAGCGCUAUAGGGGGUCCGACAUCGAGCCCACCGCCACGUCCAGUGCGGCCGCAGACUUAUCUGCCUCCACAUCACUGAUUAGUAGGACUUUUAGGCCAUUCCUGAGUACCAGUCCUUUUAGCCCUAAUACAAGCAGUGCUAUGGAAGGUCUAAGAUGUGCCUUCGAGCCUACGGCUAUGUCCAGUGCGGCCGCAGACUUGUCUGCCUCCACAUCACUGAUUAAUAGGACUUUUAGACCAUUCCUGAGUACCAGUCCUUUGUAUUCACCUGUUUACUAUAGGUAA